UUAGCGGUGUCGUGUCCAACAAAAAUCGCAUCGAAUUUUCAUCCUAAAUUUUCACCGUACCAAAACUAUGCGAAAUCCGCAUCAUCCGGCUAAAAAUGUUCUCCUGUUUGUGUGUUUAUAUGCCGCUAUCAUCAGUGUUGCUUCUGGCCUCCGGAAGUACACCAAACAGGACAUGAUUCGAUUACGAGAGGAGGUCCGAGCAAUGUUCCAGCAUGCCUACGACGGGUAUCUCCGGUAUGCGAGCAAAUACGACGAACUGCGGCCCCUGUCCUGCGACGGAGUGGACACUUGGGGCAGCUACUCGCUAACGCUGGUCGACGCGUUGGAUACGCUUGCCGUGAUGGGAAACUAUUCCGAGUUCCGACGAGUGGUGGGACUGCUGGAGCAGAAGUCCUUCGACAGUGACAUCAAUGUGUCGGUGUUCGAGACGAACAUCCGCAUUGUGGGUGGAUUGGUAAGUGCCCACAUGAUGAGUCACAAGGCGGGAGUGGAACUGGAACCGGGUUGGCCCUGUAAUGGACCGUUGCUGAGACUAGCGGAGGACGUGGCAAAGAGAUUGCUACCGGCGUUCGAUACCAGGACUGGGAUGCCGUACGGGACGGUCAAUCUGAAGUACGGUGUGCCGUACGGGGAAACGAGCGUGACUUGUACGGCAGGAAUCGGCACGUUCAUUGUGGAGUUUGGAGCGUUGAGUCGACUGACGGGCGAUCCGAUCUACGAAGAAGUGGCCUUAAAUGCGCUGUACGGGUUGUACAAUCAUCGGUCGUCGAUUGGGCUGUUUGGGAAUCAUAUUGAUGUUCAGACGGGUCGGUGGACGGCUCAGGAUGCUGGCAUCGGGGCGGGUGUCGAUUCCUACUACGAGUACCUGGUCAAAGGAGCCAUCAUGCUCAAUAAACCGGAUCUGAUGCACAUGUUCAACGAGGGUCGAAAAGCGAUCGAUAAGUACCUGAAGAGGGAUGAUUGGCACGUUUGGGUCAGCAUGAACAAAGGUCAGGUUACGCUUCCGGUGUUCCAAUCACUGGAAGCGUACUGGCCUGGAGUGCUGAGUUUGUUUGGGGACACAAGCGUCGCCAUGAAGACAUUGCACAAUUACCAUACCGUUUGGAAGCAGUACGGCUUUCUUCCGGAGUUUUACAACAUUCCGAACGCGGAAGCCGGAGCCAAUCGGGAGAAUUAUCCUCUGAGACCGGAACUGAUCGAAUCGGUGAUGUAUCUCUAUCGGGCGACCGGUGAUCCUUACCUGUUGGAAGUUGGUGAGGACAUUCUGCGUAGCAUAGAACACAGUGCCAAGACGCCCUGUGGCUAUGCUACGAUAAAGAAUGUCCGGGACCAUCACAAGGAAGAUCGAAUGGAAUCGUUCUUCCUGGCAGAAACGACCAAAUAUCUGUACCUUCUGUUCGAUCCGGAUAAUUUCAUUCACAACGACGGUCGCGUGGGGACGGUGAUCAAUACGACCUAUGGCGAAUGCAUCAUCGAUGCCGGUGGCUACAUCUUCAAUACCGAAGCCCAUCCGAUCGAUCCAGCCAUGCUUCGCUGCUGCCACGAUCUUCCUCAGCAGAAUCUCUUUGCUGAUUACAGUAGGGAGAAGUACGCCGGCGAUCGACUGGAUCUCAGUCGAACCCGAGAAGCUACCGCCGGUGCAGAGUUGAAACCACCAGAGGAAUCCACGGUGGAGACUAUUUCCGUAGUGGAAGCUCAGCUGGAGGAUUCCAUCCCGGCAGCUGUACUGGAAGAACUAGGUGCAAAGCUAGCCGAAGCUCGUCAGGCGUUGACCAAGAAGCGACUCGAAGAAGCAUUCAACCGAGCACGGGAAUCCCUGAAGAAUCAACAGAACGAAUCCUCGACCAACAAAACGACUAACGAUGAUAGCUUGGUUGUUCCGGUGGAACCGGUUUCACCGACUCCGACAGCAUCCGUGGACGAUCCGGAACGGAUGACUACCAUCAAGCUAACAUCUUCGGCCAGAGAUCCGGACGAUAAGAGUUCAACGGCGCAGGUCAAGCUGAACGACAGUCAGCGGGAACAGCACCAGGAUGUGACGACCGGAGAAACGGAAAUUCCGGAACAGUCUGCUACACCGCCACCACAACCACCAACGGCAUCAACACCUGCCACCACUGAAGAAGAAGACGAGGAAAUGAAUUCGGCGAAGAGGUUCUUUUCCGAGAACAGCUCCGUGGGCAGUGGUGAUGGGAUGGAGGUGAUACCACCGACGGUCGGUGGCGAACAUCAUCUUCCACAUCACCAACAAGGUUUGAACAAUACGAUUACGGAAUUCGUGCAGAACAUGUUCAAGACCAAGGUCUACCAGAAGGCCAAACUGGAUCCGCAGGCGCUGCUCGGUAGGAUUAAGGAAAGCGGACACUACCGGAACAGUUCCUGGGCCAGUAAUUACGCACUGCUGACGUGUCGGGCACAACCCUUCCUGCAGAGGAUAACGCUGCUGGGGGAGUUUUUCUAAACGGAAAACUCCAUCCGAAACCGCGGGGAAUAAAAUCGAUUCUGACCAUUCCAAAA